CUCGGGACCCUUAAUUGGCUUGCAGUACCUGUCUCCUCCCGCUCCCGGAGGAGCGAUGGGGUGCGCACGACGAGGGUCUUCAAGAGGCGUGUAGGAGCGCCGGAGCAGGGAGACGUGCCGUCGUGUGCCAGCCCGGAAAAGCGGCCGCGACGAGAAGCCAGAGUUGAUGUUUCUUUUUUCCAAAGAGUCUCCGCCCCGCGUUUCCCCCAGCUGCCCCAGCAAUCCCACCCCCGCGCGUGACGUCAGCUCCCAGCUCGGUCCAAGGCGAGCCUGCCCAGAGGCUGCCCGUUCAAAGUGUUUGGGCAGCCGUCGGAGCCGGAGCAGGGCGAGAGGAGCCGGCGGCGCUGCCUACUCCCGGCGCCCACGCCUCGCCUCGCUUCCCCCCCUCCCCAGCCUUCCCUCGCGGCAGCUUCAGCCCGUGGGGUGGGCGGCUUUGCAAAGGUCCCGCCGAGCGGCUCUCGGAGGGAGAGAGAAGCGCGCGGGCGGCCGGGCGCGCGCCCCGAGGAGGCAGGAGGCUCCGGCUGGGGUCCUCUGGUCCUUCUCCGCGGCGCUCUUCUGCCUUCCUCGGGGGAGGAUGCCGCUGAAGUCGUCGUCUUGGUGGUGGCUGCGCGCAGAGGCGACGGAGGGCAGCCUCCGCUCCUCCUGAUGAGUUUGACAGUCCCUGCAGGAGUUGGGCUGGACGGGGCAUAAAGAUGCUGAAGGGUGCUUGGCUGCUCAGUGUCUUUACAGUGGCUGGGAUCUGGCCGACGGAGAGCCGCAAGCCUACCAAAGACAUUUGCAGCAAAAGCCGCUGCCCUUGCGAGGAGAAGGAGAACGUGUUAAACAUUAAUUGCGAAAACAAGGGAUUUACGACUGUCAGCCUCCUCGUGCCUCCGCCAUCCAAGAUCUGCCAGCUCUUCCUCAAUGGCAAUGCCUUCACCCGCCUCUACCCCAAUGAAUUUGUCAACUACUCCAAUGCGGUGACCCUGCACUUGGGCAACAACGACAUGCAGGAGAUCCGAGCUGGGGCGUUCGUAGGCCUUCGGACCCUUAAGAGGUUGCACCUCAACAAUAACAAGCUGGAGACCCUACGAGAGGACACUUUCCUAGGCUUGGAGAGCUUGGAGUACCUCCAGGCUGACUACAACUACAUCAGUGCCAUCGAGGCUGGAGCUUUCAGCAAGCUCAACAAACUGAAAGUGUUGAUCCUCAAUGACAAUCUCCUGUUGUCGCUCCCUAGCAAUGUGUUCCGUUUUGUCCUGCUCACUCAUUUGGACCUCAGAGGGAACAGGCUGAAGAUGAUGCCUUUUGCUGGGGUCCUGGAGCACAUUGGAGGCAUCAUGGAGAUCCAGCUGGAGGAGAAUCCGUGGAACUGUACCUGUGACCUUCUGCCUCUCAAGGCUUGGCUGGACACCAUCACAGUCUUCGUUGGGGAGAUAGUUUGUGAGACCCCUUUCAGGCUGCAUGGCAAAGAUGUCACGCAACUCACGAGGCAGGAUCUCUGCCCACGGAAAAGUGCAGGAGACUCUGGCCAGAAGGAGAAGCACCCUUCCCACUCUGACACACAUUUCCAGAGAUUCCCCCCAACUGCUAACUCUGCUGUAGGUGCCACCAGACCCCCCAAAUCCAGUCGCCCGCCCAAAACAAGGAACCGUCCAACCCCACGGGUCACAGUGUCUAAAGACAGACAGAUUUUUGGGCCUAUCAUGGUUUACCAGACUAAGUCCCCUGUGCCAUUCACUUGUCCAACCGUCUGUGUCUGCACCUCUCAAAGUGCCGACAAUGGGCUGAAUGUCAACUGCCAAGAGAAAAAAAUAGUCAACAUCUCUGAUCUCCACCCCAGACCCACCAGUCCAAAGAAACUCUAUCUCACAAGUAAUUACUUGCAAACUGUCUAUAAAACAGAUCUCUUGGAAUACAGCUCCUUGGAUUUGUUGCAUUUGGGAAACAACAGGAUUGCAGUGAUUCAGGAAGGUGCCUUCUCUAACCUCACUAGUUUACGGCGACUCUAUCUCAAUGGCAAUUAUCUUGAGAUCCUGCACCCUUCUAUGUUUGAAGGACUGCACAGCUUGCAGUACCUCUAUUUAGAGUAUAAUGUGAUUAAGGAUAUCAUGCCACACACCUUUGAUGCACUGGGAAACCUUCACCUGUUAUUUCUGAACAACAACCUGCUGAGGUCCCUGCCUGACAAUGUGUUUGGGGGCACGACUCUGACCAGACUCAACCUGAGGAACAACCAUUUCUCCUACUUGCCUGUGCGAGGGGUCCUUGACCAGCUUUCGGCUCUGAUCCAGAUUGACCUUCAAGAAAACCCUUGGGAUUGCACUUGUGACAUCAUGGGGCUGAGGAACUGGAUUGAACGAGUCACAGAGCAAAACAACCAGCAGUCGGGGCCCCCUGUUGUUAUCAAUGAAGUAAUCUGUGAUUCUCCAGCCAAGCACGCUGGAGGACAUCUCAAGACCCUGAGCAAGGAGGCAGUCUGCCCCGAGAACCCCAACCUCUUAGAUUCUUCUUUCUUGUUGCCAAAUCUGAACACAGAUGUGCCACAGGCCUUCAGCAUCUUUCCCAGCUCCUAUCCAGAAAUGCGCACCGAAGUCCCUCUUUCGGUCUUAAUUUUGGGCCUGCUGGUUGUGUUUAUUUUGUCUGUCUGUUUUGGGGCUGGUCUGUUUGUCUUUGUCCUCAAGCGUCGCAAGAGCAUGCCAAGCGUGCCCAGCAGUGCCAACAACCUCGACGUAAGCUCCUUCCAGUUGCAGUACGGGUGCUACGACAGCGAGGCUCACGAUAAAGCGGAAGGGCAUGUGUAUAAUUACAUCCCACCCCCUGUUGGCCAGAUGUGCCAGAACCCCAUCUACAUGCAGAAAGAAGGAGACCCAGUGGCUUACUACAGGAAUCUCCAUGAGUACAGCUAUAGCAAUCUUGACCCUAAGAAGGAGGACUCUGCUGGCCUAGCAUUUACAAUCACGGCAGCCGAAAUGCUGGAGAAACAAGCCUUUUCAAGGGAACCAGAGCUGUUGUAUCAAAACAUUGUGGAGAGGGUCAAAGAGCUGCCCAGCGGAAGCCUGGUCCAUUAUAACUUUUGUACCCUCCCCAAAAGGCAGUUCACCCCUUCCUUUGAGUCGAGGCGACAAAGCCAGGACAGGAUAAAUAAAACAGUUUUGUACGGGACUCCCCGGAAAUAUUUUUCAGAACAAUCCAAACCGGAGCUUCCUUUAUUGCAAGGGAAACUUCAGACUGAACCAGACUACCUCGAAGUUCUGGAAAAACAAACUGCAAUUAGCCAGCUGUGAAGGGAGUGGAGAGGGCUGGGGGAUUCAUUUACUGGGGGAGAAGUUUUCUUUUUUUAAAACACACACACACACACAGAAAAACCCAAUUCUGAACUUGACAAACCAAUGCGAUUUAUUCAAGUUUACUCGAGUUUCCCCGUUUUGAAUCCUCAGAUCUCCUAUGAUGCCAGGGCUGUAAUGGGUGCUUUUUGCUCUCUUUCCUUUAAGUUAUUUCUUGCAUUGCACAUCCCAUCGCUCAGCCCUUUAGGAAUUGGGGCUGAACAAAUGUUUCUACAAGAGCGUUUGUCUCAUCCCCCCCCCUCGGGGUGGCACAGAGGGGAGUAGGACAGCGGAAGGAUGUUAGGGAAAUGGUUCUCCUCUCAUCCACACUUAUAAGGGAAUAGAUUAUCUCCAGAAAUUCUCUCCUCCCUCUCCUCAGAACCUCUCUCCGGCUCCCUGUUCCUCUUUUUUUCUUUUGUAAAUAUUGUCAGUCAGUACAGCUCUUUCAGUUACCAAGUGCAGCCACUGGGCGUCACUUUCCCUCCCUCCUUUGGCAUUAAAGUGCCUUUGCACUUUAAGUAGCUUAUUACUGAAGUGUUGCGCUUUGCUUUGAGAAAUCUGAAUCUAUUUUAAUGUAUUGUAUUUUUUUUUUUUUUGGAAAUUGAAAAAAAAAAGAAUUGUAAAAUAGGUCUCCGUGUGUCAGCCGCAUUCACUUGGAAGGGGCAGCUGCUACAUUGACGGCAACAAUCAGCCCACCUUUAUGAAGGAGAGUCUAGCUGACUUUUUUUAUAGACUGAAUUGUAAAUUGUAUAAGUUUCACCCUUUCCCCUCCUCUCCUAGUCCCCAUCUUCAUCUUCUUCUACUCCAUCCCCAACCCUAGCCUUUUUUUUUUUACAUGAAAUGUUGCAAAGGACUAAGAAUUUAGCAGUGAAUUGGGGUACUGAGCUGCCUCUGCUGGGAUGUGAUAGUUCAUUAAUAAAAAGGCAUUUAACAUGAAAUCAAAGCAGCCUGAUAAUCCAAUAUCCCACCUUCGCUAUGCUGCAACUCCUAACACCAUCGUAAUGCUCAGUGAUAUUUUUUUUCAGGUUAUUUGCCUAAUUAAGAGAACAUGACUCUCUACCUGUAAUAUAUUUUUUCUGCAUUAAAAUUAGAUAUUUUUAUACGUUUAA